CGCUCGCAGUCCUGGGCCGCAGCGGAGCGCAGAGUCGCAUGUAAGGUGCUCUGACCUUUGACCCCCGCCUCUCCGAAGUCGGGUCCUGUGCAGGCCCCAGCCUUCUUCCCCACCAUGAACACGUCCCCGGGCACAGUGGGCAGUGACCCCGUCAUCUUGGCCACUGCAGGCUACGACCACACGGUGCGGUUCUGGCAGGCCCACAGUGGGAUCUGCACCCGCACGGUACAGCAUCAGGACUCUCAGGUGAACGCGCUGGAGAUCACGCCAGACCGCAGCAUGAUCGCGGCUGCAGGUUAUCAGCACAUUCGCAUGUACGAUCUCAGCUCCAACAACCCCAACCCCAUCAUCAGCUACGACGGGGUGAACAAGAAUAUCGCGUCCGUGGGCUUCCAUGAGGACGGCCGCUGGAUGUACACGGGUGGGGAGGACUGCACGGCCCGGAUCUGGGACCUCAGGUCCCGGAACCUGCAGUGUCAGCGGAUCUUCCAGGUGAAUGCACCCAUUAAUUGCGUGUGCCUGCACCCCAACCAGGCAGAGCUCAUCGUGGGUGACCAGAGCGGCGCCAUCCACAUCUGGGACCUGAAAACUGACCACAACGAGCAGCUGAUUCCCGAGCCCGAGGUCUCCAUCACGUCUGCCCACAUUGACCCUGACGCCAGCUACAUGGCAGCCGUCAACAGCACCGGGAAUUGCUAUGUCUGGAAUCUGACUGGGGGCAUUGGUGACGAGGUGACACAGCUCAUCCCCAAGACCAAGAUCCCAGCGCACACCCGCUAUGCCUUGCAGUGCCGCUUCAGCCCUGACUCUACGCUUCUCGCCACCUGUUCCGCCGACCAGACGUGCAAGAUUUGGAGGACAUCCAACUUCUCUCUGAUGACAGAGCUGAGCAUCAAGAGCAGCAACCCAGGAGAGUCAUCCCGAGGCUGGAUGUGGGGCUGUGCCUUCUCGGGGGACUCGCAGUACAUCGUCACGGCUUCCUCUGACAACCUGGCCCGCCUCUGGUGUGUGGAGACAGGAGAGAUCAAGAGGGAGUAUGGUGGCCACCAGAAAGCUGUCGUCUGCCUGGCCUUCAAUGACAGCGUGCUGGGCUAGCCUGUGCCCCCCCUGGGACUGCAGGCGGCUGAGCAGGGAGCACCUGUGGAACACAUCUGCCCAGCUCAGAGUGAAGCUCCGCGGCUAGCCUCCGCCAGCCUAGCCAGCUGGACCUGACUGGCCUACCCUGGUCCCUCGGCUAGCCUAGACUGGGCAGGCCAGUAUGCCCUGGGAGUCUCUCAGCUCCUCCUGGGUGCUUCUGUGGAUGUGACAAGGCUCAGGAAGCCCACCUCAGCCAGCCGGCACUUGCUUCAGGAAUUCCAGAUCCACAAGGCCUAGGGGGUCUGAAGCCGGUGUCCAACCCCCAGCCAGUGCACCCCCCCCCCGGCCCCCCACCCUGCCCAUUUCGUGUCCUGAGGCCACAGAGAACAGCAUCACGGCCAGAUGGAGGGUUUAUUAGACCCCGCUGCCAGCCACCCUCUGUGACCGGUGACGGGGCUGGCCAGCUGGCUGG